AGAGCGACAAAGGGACACGAGCACUCCAUUAUUAUAACACAUCAAACAUGGGCAGCAUCGCAUGGUACUGAAACAAACAAACCGUACGCGUCGACGAGGGAGCGUAGCAACAACGACUCUACAAACCUUCAUUUUUUGUUUUUGUAUUAUCUCGAGAUUUUCGGCAUUACUUCUCGACCUUCUUCAGUUUCUCUCUUAAGACGGGAUGGUUUGGUGAUUGGUUUAAAGGGAAAGGGUAAGGCGAAGAUUAACGUUGAGUUUGGCAAAAUGGGUGAGGAGAGAUCCGGUUCACUGUACAAGAGAGUGAAGAUCCAUGGACAAGUUCUAUUGGGAUUUAUGUUGAUCUGCAUAGUCCAGUUUUCACUUGCAGCCACUGAUCCAUCUGAUGUUGCUGCAAUUAAUGGCUUAUAUACUGCAUUGGGCAACCCUAUUCUUCCUGGGUGGGUUUCUAGUGCGGGAGACCCCUGUGGACAAGGGUGGCAAGGUGUUCAAUGUAAUGGUUCAGUCAUACAAGAAAUAGUUCUGAAUGGUGCAAACUUGGGAGGAGAACUAGGUGAUAGCUUGGGAGGUUUUGUUUCUAUCAGAGCAAUAGUUCUAAACAACAAUCACAUUGGGGGAAGUAUUCCAUCCAGUUUGCCAGUCACUUUACAACACCUCUUUCUUUCAGAUAACCAGUUCACUGGAAGUAUUCCAGCCUCUUUAUCCACAUUGACUGAACUGACUGACAUGUCACUUAACAACAAUCUUUUAACAGGAGAAAUACCAGAUGCAUUUGAGUCUCUCACGCAAUUGAUCAAUCUAGAUUUAUCUAAUAACAAUUUGAGUGGGGAAUUGCCUCCAUCUAUGGAGAAUUUGUCAGCUCUGACCAGCGUACAUUUACAGAACAAUAAUUUGUCUGGGAUCCUCAAUGUCUUACAAGACCUUCCACUGCAAGAUUUGAACGUUGAGAACAACCAGUUUGCCGGACCAAUACCUCCGAAGUUGUUAAUGAUCCCAAACUUCAGAAAUGAUGGAAACCCAUUUAAUCUUAAUGGUAAUGCUACUAUAGCUCCAACACAUGCACCUCAUUCUCCAGUUAUAGCACCACCACCUGGACGUAUACCUACUAAACCAACUAAGGGACCAACUUCAGCAAAGGAAUCAAAUUCUGGGAAAUCGAAUAAAAACACCAAAAGGGUGGUUUGGAUAUCUAUUUCUAGUAUAUUGGUGUUUAUUAUUGUAGUAUUGGGUCUUCUUCUCUUUGUUCCAAGAUGUAGCAGAAGAGAACGGGUUGACAGAAGCUCCAAGCAACAUCAAGUUGGUGUAUAUGGAGGUGAAACACAGAAUCGUAGGGAAUAUGGGGAUUUAGUCCAACCACCUAAUCAAACUGAGAAAGUACCUAAAGGUGCUGUUGUGAGGCCGAAAGGGGAUCAUCAAGAGGAGACAAGGAGAGUGAGGCCUAUUUCAAAGCCACAAGUCCAGAAAGAAAAUGACGAACAAAGAAUGGGAACAAUCCCAAAGCUGUUAGAUCAUGAGAUAGAUAUGAGUGCUCUAGAUGCAUAUUCAAUGCCUUCUCCACCACCACCACCUCCACCACUUUCAAAUGAGAGGGUGACUGUUGAACCAACCCCAUUCCACAGAGAGGCUAACAUCAAUCAUCCCAAAAAAAGUCCAGUUCCCACUUUUGCAAAAACUUUCACCAUUGCAUCCCUUCAACAGUAUACAAAUAGCUUUUCUCAAGACAAUCUUAUAGGUUUAGGCAUGCUGGGGAGUGUGUAUAGGGCAGAGCUUCCUGAUGGAAAGAUACUUGCUGUGAAGAAACUAGAUAAGAGAGUUUCUGAACACCAAGCAGAUGAUGAGUUUCUUGAAUUGGUAAACAGUAUUGACAGAAUCCGGCAUGCAAAUAUUGUUGAGCUUCUUGGGUACUGUGCAGAGUAUGGUCAAAGGCUUCUAAUUUAUGAGUAUUGCAGUAAUGGGUCGCUGCAGGAUGCACUCCAUUCAGAUGAUGAAUUCAAAACAAGGCUGUCAUGGAAUACUCGCAUUCGAAUAGCACUUGGGGCAGCUAGAGCCUUAGAGUAUUUGCAUGAGCAGUGUCAGCCACCUGUUGUACACAGAAAUUUCAAGAUUGCCAACAUUCUCCUUGAUGAUGAUGUUUCUGUGCGUGUAUCUGAUUGUGGUUUGGCUCCAUUAAUAACUAAAGGUUCUGUAAGUCAGCUCUCAGGACAACUGCUAACAGCUUAUGGCUAUGGAGCUCCAGAGUUUGAGUCAGGAAUUUAUACAUACCAGAGCGAUGUCUACAGCUUUGGAGUGGUUAUGUUAGAACUUUUGACAGGCCGUCAGUCUUUUGACAAGAAACGCCCUCGAGGGGAGCAGUUUCUGGUGAGGUGGGCUAUUCCUCAACUUCAUGACAUUGAUGCGUUAUCAAAGAUGGUUGAUCCUUCUCUAAAUGGAAACUACCCUGCUAAAUCAUUGUCAAAUUUUGCAGACAUUAUUUCUAGAUGUGUUCAGUCGGAGCCAGAAUUUAGGCCAGCAAUGUCAGAGGUUGUCUUGUACUUAAUAAAUAUGAUAAGGAAGGAAUCUCAGCAAAAUGAAUCAAAUGAAUAAUGGAAAUGGUGUUAUUUGAACAUGAAUUACGUGUGCAAAGAAUCUCAUCUGGUUAAGAUAUGCAUGUCACCCAAGGAGGGGCCCAAUUAGAUGCCCCCCAUAUUCGAAGUACUAACCCAUCCAAAAUUCACAUGCCAUCAGCUUCAGAGGAUUGUAGCUACCAACACUCCUCGCACUCGUCAAGUUUAUAUUUUAUAAUUAUACAUAUGAUCAUUUAAUGCUUCAUUAAACCAUACCAUGUUGAUGUGCCCAUUUCUUUGAUGAUUGCUUCCAUAUUGUUGAUAGUUUCAUUGUGCAUCCUAGUUGGUGAUUUCAUGUUAAUCCUUGAUGAAAUUUUGAUAAUCCUUGUAUCUAUACACAUUCAAGCAUUGUUAUUUAUAUAAAUAUUUGUUCUUAGUAAAGUA